UCAUCUUCAAAUGUUAACAAAAGCAUUCAAUCUGAUAUGUUUGUGUCAUUUUUGUUGAAAAUAAUUAUUUAAAUUUAUUAAUCUGGUGAUUUUAUUAUUUAUUACAAGUUUAGUGUGGAGGAUGAAUACAAAUCGACCUUCAAUUGGAUCUUGGAUUGCUAAUCCAAUACAAAAUCCGAAUCUUCUUCAAGGACCCAUACCUGGUCAAAUACAAGCGCCAGUACAAGCUUCAUUGUCGGGUCAAUUAGCUGAUUCUUCUGGUAUUGGUUCACAUACAACAACUGUUUUAACUGCUCCUAAUCGUAAUACUGGUUCAUUACACAUUCAAGCCAUACCUGCAGGAAAUAGUGGUCAAUCAUUAACUGUUAAUACAGCUGAUCUUACAGCAACAUCUUUAAGAUCAUCAUCAUCAUCUUCAUCAUCAUCAGUAGCAGUAGUAUCAGCAGCAGCAGCAGCAGCAGCAUCUUCAUCUAAUAUUGGUAAUAUUAUUCAAGAACAGACAAUAAAGACAACAUUAACUGUUCAUCCUGCUCCAACUCAUGGACAUCAAGUACAUAUUUCUUCAUCUACAUCUCAACCACAUCAUACCAGUACAUCUAUUACACCUAAUCCACAGACUGUUGGUGUUGCCAGUGCUGUGGCAACUGGUAUGACUAUUACUGGUACAGGAGUUACCACUGUAACACCAACAAUUGUUGGUAAUACGAUUGUUGGUGGUGGUGGUGGAAGUAGUAAUAGUAGCUCCAGUGGUAAUACUACCAUUAGUAAUAGUAGUGGUGUUGUUUGUGUUGGAACUGGUAAUUCAAAUAGUGUUUUAAGUGGAGGAGGAACAACAACAACUGUUACACCAGCAACGACCCACCAAACACCCCAACAACAGCAACAAUUUCAAAGGUUAAAAGUGGAAGAUGCUUUAUCCUAUUUGGAUCAAGUUAAAUUUAAAUUCAAUAAUCAACCUCAAGUAUAUAAUGAUUUCUUGGAUAUAAUGAAAGAAUUUAAAUCACAAAGUAUCGAUACUCCUGGAGUAAUUCAACGGGUUUCCAAUCUAUUUAGAGGUCAUCCAGAAUUGAUUGUUGGUUUCAACACCUUUUUACCGCCUGGUUAUAAAAUUGAGAUGCAAUCAAAUGAUCAGGUUAAUGUUAGUAUGCCAUCUAGCACAAGCAUUCUAAUCAUCCAUAAUUCAACUGCCAACUCAGUUACCAGUACACAACAAAUGUUGGCCCUUCCCUCGUCUACACCAUCUCAAGGUACAGUCCAUUCAACACCACAUCAUACUGGAGUCCAUUUGACCACAGCCAAUGCUUUACCAGGUCAAAUUGGUAAAACAAUUUUCUCUUCAUCACCAUCAACCCAACAAACCUAUUUACACAAUCAAAAUACCUCUACAUCAAUAAGAUCUGUUUCCUCGACUGAUCCUCACCAUACCAACAUUACCCAUGGUUCAACAACAGUGACACCCCAAUUGUCCGGUUCUUCAAUUGAUUCAAAUUUAACCUCUAACAUACAAACAAUACCGAUACCAGUUAAUAUAUCACCUUCACCAGGUAUUAUUGGCUCUCUUGGUACUGGACCAGGUCCAGGUAAUACAGGAGGUGGUGGUGGUACAAGUAGUAGUGGCAUCGAAGGAUCAAAUUUAAAUGUUACCAGUGCUCUUGGUCCGGGUGGUGAUAAUAAUUCAACCAGUGCUCAGCCUGUUGAGUUUAAUCAUGCCAUUAAUUAUGUGAAUAAGAUCAAAAAUCGUUUCCAGGGUCAACCAGAGGUUUAUAAACAAUUUCUUGAGAUACUUCAUGCUUAUCAAAAGGAGCAGAAAUGUUUAAAGGAGGGAAUUAAACCCGAUUCAAAGCCACUUAAUGAAAGUCAAGUCUAUGCACAGGUUGCGAAACUUUUUCAAAAUCAAGAAGAUUUACUCCAAGAAUUUGGUCAAUUCUUACCGGAUGCCAAUGCUGCUGCUGUGAGUUCAUCUAAUUCAGUUUUCUCUGGUGUCUCCCAGAAUGUUAAUUCAAAUAUACACCAUGGAUCAUCAGCUGGUUCAGCCAUUUCUACAGCCAUUUCUGCGGCUCAUCAUGUGGACAAUUUAGCUGCUGCUCAUCGGGCUGCUGCCAAUGAUCAUGGUGCUAUUGUUAAAAAACCAUUGGCCAGACCAGUUGGUACUUUUCUUGGUUCUAAUAUUAAUUCACCAAUGGGAAACCAAAUGCGUAAACAGAUAAUUAGCAUUCAAACCUCACCAAAUAAACCUAAAAUGACCUCAUUACGGGAUGUUAGUCUUGCCGAAGCUGGUAAAUAUGGUAGCCUGAAUGAGUAUGCGUUUUUCGAUAAGGUUCGUAAAGCACUUCGAAGUCAAGAGGUUUAUGAAAAUUUUCUACGAUGUUUAUUUCUUUAUAAUCAUGAGAUUGUCUCACGUAAUGAACUGGUACUUCUGGUUACUCCUUUUUUGGGUAAAUUUCCCGAACUAUUGAAAUUUUUCAAAGAUUUUCUCGGCUACAAAGAUGGUAAUACAACUUCCAACAGUUAUUACAAUUUUUCACUAUCUUCAGCUAACAAUAAUAACAUGUUCAUGGAAGGUUUACCCCAACGGGUUGUUGGUAUUCGAGAGCGAGAUCGUGAAAGAAUGAACGAAGGUUCAGGUGCAGAAAUUAAUUAUGCGACCUGUAAAAGGUAUGGUGCAUCUUACAGAGCUCUACCCAAGAAUUAUGUACAACCCGAAUGUUCUGGUCGAACUGCACUUUUUAAAGAAGUUCUAAAUGAUACCUGGGUCUCUUUCCCUUCUUGGUCGGAAGAUUCAACUUUUGUCACCUCCAAGAAAACCCAAUACGAGGAGUUUAUUUAUCGAUGUGAAGACGAACGAUUUGAAUUGGAUGUUAUCAUCGAAACCAAUUUAUCAACAAUCCGAGUAUUGGAAGCUGUUCAGAAAAGAUUAUCUCGAAUGGGUCCUGAGGAGAGAGCAAAAUUUAAACUUGACGAAUGUCUCGGCGGUACAUCGGCUAUUAUUCAUCAGCGUUCCAUCAGACGAAUCUAUGGAGAUAAAUCGAAUGAAAUAAUUGACGGAUUGAAAAAGAAUCCAGUUGUUGCCGUUCCAUUGGUAUUGAAACGAUUAAAAACAAAAGAAGAGGAAUGGAAAGAUGCACAGAAACAAUUUAACAAAAUUUGGCGUGAACAGUGUGAAAAAUAUUACCUUAAAUCAUUGGAUCAUCAAGGUAUAUCAUUUAAGCAGAAUGAUAUUAAAUAUAUAAGGUCAAAAAGUCUAAUUAAUGAGAUUGAAACUUUUUACGAGGAGAGACAUGAACAAAAUGAGGAAAACAUGGCUUCAUCUGGAACCGGAAACAAUUCAUCAAGUAAUAACAAUAAUGUUAAUGGUCAAAAUUUAACAACUGGACCUCAUAUGACAUUAACAUAUAAAAAUAAAUCCAUGAUAGAGGAGGCAUGUAAUUUGAUUAUCCAUCAUGUAAAAAGACAAACCUCAAUUCAUAAAGAGGAUAAACAAAAGAUAAAACAAUUAUUGAAACACUUUAUCCCUGAUAUGUUUGCCACUCAACGAGGUGACCUAAGUGACGAUGAACUUGAAGACUUUGAGAUUGAUAAAAGGAUGGACACUUACAGUGAUAAUAAUAAUCGUUCAACAAAUAAAGACAAUACCAACAACUCGGUUAUUUGUAUACCUGUAAAUUUUACCAACACAAAGGAUAACAAUGGUAAUAAUAAUAACGAUGAUAAUGGUAAUGGUACCAAUGAAAAUAAUAAAACCAAAAGUGACACCGAAAAUAAUUUCAAUAAUAAUGUUCCGCCAAUCUCAUCAUCAUUACCAUCCACAACAACAACAUCAAUAUCAUCAUCAGCAACAUCAGAAACAACAAUAACAACAAUAACAACGACAGCUCCAAUAACAGCUACAACAACAGCAACCACAACGAUGACAACAACAAACACACUAACAGCUACAACGACUAACAAUAACAAUGGUCAAUCUUGUGUUAAUGGUAAUCCCAGUGGUCAAUCUAAAAAUGUUAAUCCAAUGUUAAACAAAGACUGUGAUGAUAAUUAUUCACUGUUUUUCGUCAAUAAUUAUUGGUACUUGUUUUUCCGACUUCACUAUAUUCUGUGUGACCGUUUGGCUCAAAUGCACGAUAGAACCAUGAUACUUAUCGCUGAAGAGGAAAAAGAGAAAACAUUGAGAAAAGAAUCAACUGCUGCAGCUCUCAGAUUAAAGCCAAAAAUUUUUCUUAAAGAUGAUUACGAGGUGGAGGAAUAUUUUCUUGCGUUAAUUGAUAUGGUUAAACAAGUUUUGGAUGGUAACCUGGACUUUAAUCAAUUCGAGGAUCAACUAAGAGAAAUGUUUGGUAUUCAUGCUUACAUUGCAUUUACUUUGGAUAAAGUUGUUCAAAAUAUUGUUCGUCAAUUGCAACAUAUUGUAGGUGAUGAAACUUGUAUCACUUGUAACGAAAUGUUCAUUGAGGAGAGUAAAAAUAACGCCACUGGAGGUCCAUGUUCAACCCACCAUUUAAGAGCAAAUUUUGAAGCGGCUUAUCAAAAGAAGGCUGAGCAACUAUUAGCUGAAGAAAAUUGUUUCAAAAUAAUUGUCUACAAGGGAGAGGGUAAAGUGACCAUUGAACUGAUUUGUCCUGAUUCAGUUGAAAGUGAAGAUGGAGGGGAAGUGGAAAAAUGGUCCGAAUAUGUUGAAAAGUAUGUAAAAGAAGUUGAAAAUGAUAUCAGCGACGAGCUGAAAGAAAAGUUAUCACGGAAGCCGGUUUUUCUGCCCAGAAACCUCCGAAUUUGGAGGUACAAAGAAAGCAAGGAAAAGGAGGAAAGAGCCGCCGCUGAAUUAGGAGUAAUACCUUUGUCAAGUUCACCAACUGGAGGACGAAGCAACAGUAGAACGGCAAGUGGAGGUGGUGGUGAUGACGACGGAGGUACAAAAGACGAAGCAGGAGAAACAAAUAAUUCACUUCAAGCUGUCGAUGAUACUCAAUGUAAAUUUAAUGUAAACUCGUUUAAAAUGGUUUUUGUUGUACAAAGUGAGAGUUACCUGUAUAAAAGAAAUGCUUUAACAAGAGCAAGAAAGAACCAUAAAAAUAUUUCAAGAAGACUUCAUCUCAAGUUUGACCAGUUCCAUCAAAAUUGGUUGGAAAAAUCAGUAACCAAUGAACAACGUGAUGAAUGCGAGGAAUGGUUAAUGGGUCUUAAUGAUGAAAAUGAAGAUGUAACUAUGAAAUCAAUUGAAGAAAUCAAAGAGACUCCUAAAGAGAUUUUAAUUACCAAUGAAAAAAAGGUUAUACCUGAUUGUGAUUUAAGCAAGCAGAAACAGUUGAUCGACUAAAUUGUUCUGAAUUUUUAUUUCUUCUGUCACAUUUAUCUUUAAAUAUUAUUAAAUUACGAUUCCUUAUUAAUUGUGAGGAUCAUUUUUCAA